GUGGAUAGGAAUUCGUAGCUAGGCCCCGUCAACACACGGUUAACAGCUGACGACCGAAAAAAAAAAACACGCCUAGUUAAAAAGUAUAUUCUGAAGAAAAAAAAAUAUACCGGGAAAUAUAUAUACUCUUGUUGAAGAGGAUUCGCAAGUUAUUCGAGGCGAGCCCUUGGAAACGGGCGAUUGAACGGGGAACUCCCUCCUUAUGACAUGGUGUGCAAAGUUAUAAUUUUUUCUUCAUGUUGAAAUCCAGAACAUUGGAUAGUAUGGGGUCAGAUGGGGAAAGGAACCCUCAAGUGACCUCCGUGAAGUGUAAGAUAGUGUUAGUGGGGGACUGCGAGUGUGGAAAGACUUCAUUAAUUAAGCGGUACAUCAAAGAAAACUUCGACGAGAUAUAUACUGCUACAGCUUUUGAUACAUAUAACACGACAUAUCAUGUUUCCGACACAUACCGAAUCCAGAUGUCCCUUUGGGAUACCUCAGGCUCUCAUACGUAUAACAGUGUGCGCCCUCUAUCGUACGCCGACGCUGAUCUCAUUAUGGUCUGUUUCUCAGUAGCAGAUCCAGAUAGUUUGGAACACGCAAUCUCAAGAUGGUCACGUGAAGUCAGGGAACACUGUCCGAAACAGCCCAUGAUAUUAGUGGGCUGCAAAACAGACCUCAGAACUGACCCCACAACGCUAGCAGAACUUGCCAAGAAAAGAACAUCACCCAUUAUGUAUGAUCAGGCUCUCAAGUCAGCAAAAAAUAUUGGAGCCUUGGUUUAUUCAGAAAUUUCUUCCAAGGAUUCACAGCGAAGCGUGAAUGACGUCAUAGAAGUAGCGGCUCUGUCCUCUGCCGGAAAUAAGACCACACCAGAACAAAGUCCCACCUUCCGGCGACAGAGGUCCUUCAUGCGACGCAAACGAUUUAGCGGGAUUGGCGAGGCAAAGGUGCAAUUACGAAAGGAAGCAGCCAAAAGUUGCUGUAUCAUGUGAUUGAGUGACUGUGAACAUUUCAAGAAAAAGAAUCAUGAUCUCUGACUAAUUUGAAGGGAAGAUGUGUCCUGUUUCCCAUAAAAGCUGACGUGCUUUGGCCACUGUUUUGCUUAUUGCAAAAUCUUUAAUUUGUCUGUACAUUGUUUUGUUACAAUUCACAACGGCUUGCAGAUGUGUUUCUUAACACUUAAGUCUAAUGAAGAUAUUGCCUUGGACUCUGUGCUCUAAUACUACAGAUUGUAUAUUAAAAUGGAUGAACCCAUUCAAAAGCAUUGACCCAAGAACAUUAUACAUCUUUUUGUUAUUGACGUAGAAAAUAAGUCAUUUUCUUCAAUUCAAGGAUUAGAACAAUCAUUUAUAAACUAGCAGAUCUUCAUUAAACUUCGAGCAUAUAUUCAUUGUAGUGCGAAGUGACUGUCAAAAAUAUUGACAAAAUAGUGUCAGACAUUGAGGAACUGUAUAUGCAAGACAAGGUGGUGCACACUGUUAUUUGUAUAUUAAGGAGUGAGACAAGGGGGUUCUGUUUGCCCCGACUUCUUUAGGCUAGAAGAAUUGCAAAGGUGCUAAAGUGUGAGAGAGAAAAAAAACUGACAACAGAAACAAUUGUCCAACAGUUUGUCUUUCAUAUUUGUAUAUAGUAUUGAAUGCAAAUGAUAGAUAUUAAUUUAUUUUUGAGCAAGAGUGUCGUGUGUGCAAUUUCUAGUGCGGUGUGCAAUAUUGCUCGCGUGCAGGAAUAAAUCGAAGAUUUUGUUUUAUUACACGGGAGGUGUUAUAUAUUUGAACAAAUUUGAUACCUAAAAAUAAAUGAGAAACUUUA